UAAAAUUAGAGAAUCAGAAGCUUUCAUACCUUUCCAUGACGAAGAGAACACGAGGACUAUGAAAUAUGGCUUCUUAUCUUUCAACUUCUCAAAGAUCAGCGAAAUCCUCUCCCGUUGCGGAAGAGAGAAGCACCUUCUCUUUGGUUCUUCCAUCCAUGGCUACAUCCUCAAGAGCAUCAGCAAUGGCGAUCAUGUGGUUGUUUGGAACUCCCUCAUCUCCAUGUACUCGAAAUGUGGCCAGUUAUCUAAUGCCAGGAAGGUGUUCGAUGAAAUGCCUCUUAGAGACACAGUCACUUGGAACUCCAUGACAUCUGCUUUCCUUGCUGUUAAUGAGCUUGAAAAGGGAUUCUGGUACUUCAAAGCGUUGCUUGGUUGUGGCAGUUGUAGUUUGGAUCAUGCGAGUAUGACGACAAUGCUGUCUGUUUGUUCUGGGCCAGAGUUCUUUUGUACGGGUACCAUGUUGCAUUCAUUGAUGGUGUUUCAUGGGUUUGAGCAGGUGGUUUCUGUAAGAAAUGCUUUGAUCACCGCCUACUUUAAUUGCGAAAAGCAGGGCUCGGCGAGGAAAGUGUUUGAUGAGAUGUUUGAGAAAAAUGUGAUCACUUGGACUGCAAUGGUUUCAGGGCUCGCUCGGUGUGCUAUGUUCAAGGAGAGUUUGGUUUUGUUUCAGGAAAUGCGGCGGUCAUGUUUAGCCAACUCACUUACUUAUUCAAGCUCUUUGUUUGCUUGUUCUGGAAUGCGAGCUGUUAGGGAAGGACAACAGAUUCAUGGACUUGUUUUGAAGUCUGGGAUUGUGGCAGACUUGUGUGUUGAUAGUGCUUUGAUGGAUAUGUACUCAAAGUGUGGAUUUAUGGACGAUGCAUACCGGGUUUUCAAAGCAUGUGAAGAACCAGACGAUGUUUUUCUUACCGUGAUUCUGGUUGGUUUUGCUCAAAAUGGUUUAGAAGAAAGAGCUUUUGAACUGUUUGUGAAAAUUGUAGGCAAAGGGAUUAAGGUUGAUGCAAACAUGGUCUCGGCCGUCCUAGGUGCAUUUGGUGCCUAUGCACCAUUUGCGUUAGGCAAGCAAAUUCACACACUGGUUGUUAAAAAGUGUUUAGAAUUCAAUGUCUUUGUCUGCAAUGGACUCAUCAAUAUGUAUUCCAAGUGCGGUGAUUUGCGUGAAUCCCUCAAAGUUUUCGAGCUAAUGACUCAUAGAAACUUGGUAACCUGGAACUCUCUGAUAGCUGCAUUUGCUCGUCAUGGCCACGGGGUUGAAGCACUUCAACUCUAUGAAUCUAUGAAGUCGGAAUAUAUAGAGCCAACGGAUGUCACAUUCCUAUCACUGCUUCAUGCUUGUAGCCAUGUUGGUGCCAUUGAGAAGGGUAUGGAAUUCAUAAAUUCAAUGUCCAUGGUUUACAAGAUCGAGCCCAGGAUGGAGCAUUAUGCUUGUGUAGUAGAUAUGCUAGGUCGAGCCGGGCUUGUACAUGAAGCCAAAAGAUACAUAGAGAAAUUAUCUGUUGAGCCAAAUGCGGUGCUUUGGCAGGCAUUGCUCGGAGCUUGUAGUAUUCACAGUAAUGCAGAGGUGGGUGAAUACGCAGCAGAUCGCCUGCUUCUUUUGGAACCGGACUCUGCUGCUGCUUAUGUGCUACUGGCAAAUAUUUACUCAUCUCGAAGACAAUGGAAAAAGAGAGCGGAAACUAUAUUGAAGAUGAAAGAAAUGAAUGUGAAGAAGGAUGUUGGUGUGAGUUGGGUUGAAAUUGAGAAAAAUGUUCACUGCUUCGUUGUAGAGGACAAGGUUCAUCAUCAAGCUGAAUAUAUUUAUGAGGUAUUGAAUGCAUUGGCUGCGGUAAUCAGAGAUCAAGAGCAUGUACCAGAUAAAUUAAUUUUCAACAACUUGAUUGUUUAAAGAUAUAAAUCCAAGUA